AUGAUGCGCUACAGCUCUUCUUGUGGGGACCUCACAAAUCGCAUGAGUCUACUGGGUGAGUAUUUUGGCUUCAAACCAAAAGCCUCGAACACAGAUGUGGAGAAGGGACAAGGGGAUGUGUUUUGUCCUUCUGCAUUGCAGGAGAAGGCUUCCAUAUCGAGGUCACUAUCACUGUCAAAGCUGUUUACGCCUAGGAUCAAGAGAACUUCAUCUCUACCUGUGACUCCCAUUAUCCUUUUAAACUCAGAGUCAGCUCAUGGAGGAAGCAGUGUUCCUCCACAAAAUCCAAGCAGCAAAGAGAGGGUGCAUAUAGCUCGCUCUCGCUCUGUGCCUGUUAAUGACAAGGAAGCAAGCCUAAAGGGAAUGGAUUCAUUCUUUAGAGUGAUUCCUUCAACUCCUCGUGUAAAGGAAGGAGACGUUUUCUUAAAUGCGUCAGAGGCUGUUAAUACUGAAACAUGUGAAGCUGAUGGAGAAGACAUACCUGAGGAUGAAGCGGUUUGUAGGAUUUGUUUGGUAGAUCUCUGUGAAGGAGGAGAAACCUUAAAAAUGGAGUGUAGUUGCAAAGGAGAGCUUGCUCUUGCUCACAAAGACUGUGCUCUUAAAUGGUUCACCAUAAAGGGUAACAAGACCUGUGAGGUGUGUAAACAAGAAGUUAAGAACUUACCUGUAACACUCUUACGGAUCCAAAGCAUUAGAAACUCUGGUGUUCCUCAGAUUGAUGUCACUGGGUACAGGGUCUGGCAGGAGGUGCCGAUUCUAGUAAUCAUUAGCAUGCUUGCUUACUUUUGUUUCCUGGAGCAGCUCCUGGUUGAGAAAAUGGGUACGGGUGCAAUAGCUAUAUCCCUGCCGUUUUCUUGUAUUCUUGGCCUUCUUGCAUCCAUGACUGCAUCAACCAUGGUAAUGAGAAGAUUUGUUUGGAUUUACGCAUCUGUACAGUUUGCUUUGGUUGUUCUCUUCGCCCAUGUAUUUUAUUCCGUGGUGGAGUUGCAACCGGUGUGGAUGAAAUUCAUGGCCACUAGACAUCUCACCUGGAACAAGAAUUACAACGUGAAACCUCGGGAAAUUAGUGAAGCACUAGAAAGAUUCACUAAUCUGAUGGAGAAUAUAUAUCUGCAGCAACCAUAUAAGAGAGAAAUCGUGAGACUUACUAUGGCACUUGUGGGUCGUGGAGGUCAAGAUGAUGUUGGUCAGAGAAUCCGUGAUGAAAUCCUUGUUAUUCAGGCUCUCUUAAACUAUGUGAGAUAUGACUUUAGGAGAGUUUCUGAUGAGUCUUUUAUUGUGGAUUCUUUGUUGGUGUUGUUGUGUGAUUCAGUGGCAACCAAGUGGGAGAGUCUAAAGAAACCGAAGUUGAAGUCGCUACUACCCCUGAGGAUAAUGAAUUGA